UAAGGUCACUUGAAAAUGGGGCGUCCACUCCCUAAAGACUUACAGAUUUGGGGCGCGUGGCUUACCGUACCAUUCAGACAUGACAAUUCACAAAUUAAAACAUUGUUACUGUAUACCAUCUUGAGUUUGUUUCCCAAGAAAAUCUAAAUCUUGUAGAAGCUUUCGUAUGUCUAUUUAUUAGAGUAGUACUAGUACUAGAAAAAACAAGUUUUUUGAGUAAAUUAAAAAAGAAACAAACAGUUCAAAUUUUGUUUCUCUCAAUAAUUCAAAUUUUGUUUCUCUCAAUAACUUUCACUCUUCUUUUCCCCCUUUAGUACGGUAAAUAGUUCCACUUCCCCUAUGCGGUCGUCAAGUAGUGAAGAACACCAACAACUCAAAGGUCUAGACAAGAACCUUGCAACUUAUUCUUCAAAAUCAUCAUCACCAUCAUCAUCCACAUCUUCUAGCAAUAAUUACCCAAUUAAUCCUGUACUAAUAAAUAGUAAAACCAUGGAAGAAGUUUGGAAAGACAUAAAUCUUUCUUCUCUCAAUGACCACACUUGUUCUAGAGCUCACAUGGAUCCACAAAGUACUACUGCUAGCACAAUCAAUUUUGGUGGCAUGAUUUUGCAAGAUUUAUUGGCAAGACCAUUAGCUAGUGACCCUCCAACAGCAACAACAGCCUAUGGUUCCCCUGUUCCCCCCCCUCCACCUGUUACCAUGUUGACAUUGAAUUCUGGCCCUGAACUUCAUUUCUUUAGCAGCUUAAAUCCAUUGAGGAAAACCUCAAUCUGUCUGCCAAAAAACAUUUCCAAUAGUUCCACUUUUGAGGCAUUGGCUUCACCAGCAGCAGGACGGAAUGCUAAUGGAAAAAAGAGGCAUCCUGAAUCAGAUAACCAUUCUGGUGAUCAGAAAAACAAGAGGAUGAUCAAGAACCGUGAGUCUGCUGCUCGAUCCAGGGCUAGAAAGCAGGCUUACACGAAUGAAUUGGAGCAGGAAGUAGCCAAUCUGAUGGAAGAAAAUGCCAGGCUCAAAAGGCAGCAGCAACAGUUAUGCUUAGCUUCAGCUGGUGCUCAACUUCCAAGAAAAAACUCCCUGUAUCGAACGUCAACAGCCCCAUUUUGAGGAAUUUCCAACCAGGAAUUAAUUGGAAAGUCUAUUAAGCCAUUGACAGCUUAUGCCCUUUUUGUAAUUGACCCUUGUUUGAUGGUGGCCCUGUGAUGUUUGUUUCUUCUAAAAAAAAAAAAAAAGGAGAAUAGAGGGUGAUUUAUUAUUUGAUAAUAUGGGAAGCCAGACUCUCUCUCUAUGUGAGUCUAUGAUUUUGCUUGUAAUAGUUUCUUUUAGACUCUGUAGUAGUCAUUUGUCUUUAUCCAUCAUCCUAAAGUCUAUAUGCUGGUUCUUGUACGUAGUUGUAAUGUGAAGUUAAUUGUCUGGUUGAGACUAGAGACUUUGUGCAGUCUGGUAGAAAAAUUACAACUGUCGUAGCUAGCAUUGUUCAAUGAUCAGUAACAAUCUUGGAAGCGUAGAGAUCAUCUGUUGUUAGCCAUCACACUUUCACUUUUAUGCUGUGACAUCACAGCCACUAAAUUGUGGCCCAUUUCUACU